AUGGGCAGAGAAGUUGGAUCAGCUGACAGAUACUGCUACGAAAGACCCGGAGGGGUUUUUGGGACAUCCUGUAAAUGCAUUCAAGUUGAUGAAACGGCUUAACACAGAGUGGGGUGAGCUGGAGAGCCUCGUUCUGAAGGACAUGUCAGAUGGCUUUAUCUCCAACAUGACUAUCCAGCGUCAGUUUUUCCCAAAUGAUGAAGAUCAGACUGGUGCAGCAAAAGCACUCUUGCGGCUUCAAGACACGUAUAAUUUGGAUACAGACACCCUCUCAAGAGGAAAUCUUCCAGGUGUGAAGCACAAAUCCUUUUUAACAGCUGAAGAUUGCUUUGAGCUGGGGAAGAUUGCCUACACAGAAGCUGACUACUACCACACCGAGCUCUGGAUGGAACAAGCUCUGAAACAGCUGGAUGAGGGAGAAGUGUCUUCUGCAGAUAAAGUCUACAUUCUGGACUACCUGAGUUAUGCCGUGUAUCAGCAGGGGGAUCUGCCCAAAGCCAUGAUGCUUACCAAACGUCUUCUGGAACUGGAUCCUGAACAUCAAAGAGCAAAUGGGAACAUGAAAUAUUUUGAAUAUAUCAUGGCUAAAGAAAAAGAAGCAAAUAAAUCCAGUACAGAUUCAGAAGACCAGAUGGAGAAGGAAACUGAGGUUAAGAAAAAGGAUUACCUGCCUGAGAGAAGGAAGUACGAAAUGCUGUGCCGUGGGGAGGGUCUCAAAAUGACUCCUCGGAGACAAAAACGACUCUUCUGCCGCUACUACGAUGGAAACAGGAAUCCUAGAUACAUCCUGGGCCCUGUCAAACAGGAAGAUGAGUGGGACAAACCUAGAAUUGUUCGCUUCCUUGACAUCAUCUCUGAUGAAGAGAUCGAAACUGUGAAAGAGCUAGCAAAGCCGAGGCUGAGGCGAGCCACCAUUUCAAACCCCAUAACAGGAGCCUUGGAGACGGCACAUUACAGAAUUAGCAAAAG